AAACUUAACAUUGUCGCCCCUUCCCCUUCUUUAACCCCAUCCAAACGUGAAACACAGCAUCAUACCACCCGACCGCCUCAAGUAACGAACACAAUUUCCCCGUUACAGAGAUCCUCAACAAUCAGUCCCUUAUUACUCCCAGGGAUCACAGAAACAGAGAGAAUGGGAAGCCUUAACCGCGGCCGGAAUCCCUUCGUCGCCGCCGGCGGGCUCCACCACCCAGCCUUCACUCGGGCCCACCAGGAUCGGGCCCUACACUAGUCGCCGUCACCUUCAUUCCUCACCCGAGCUUUCGACCGCCUCUCUUGCCCUCUCUUUUCCUCCUCUUCGUUUGAUUCGUUUUCGUCCGCUUCGGCUUCUUCGUCUCUCUUCGAUCGGAGCUCUGGAGGUCUCAAUUGGCCCCAGCGAGGGUUUGGGCCGAGGCUCGAUCUCAAGAUCUACGUGUACGAUGAGGAUGAGAUUGAGGGCUUGAGAGAGUUGAUGCGUGGACGAGAUGGAAAGAUCUCGGCUGAUGCUUGCGUUAAGGGACAAUGGGGGACUCAGGUAAAAGUACACCAUUUACUUCUCAAGUCUAAGUUUCGAACAUCAAAUAAAAAGGAAGCAGAUCUCUUCUUUGUUCCAUCUUAUGUCAAAUGUGUUCGCAUGAUGGGAGGCUUGAAUGAUAAGGAAAUCAACCAGACAUAUGUGAAGGUUUUAAGUCAAAUGCCAUAUUUCCGUCUAUCAGGUGGCAGGAACCAUGUGUUUGUCUUCCCAAGCGGAGCUGGUGCACAUUUGUUUCGAUCCUGGGCAACAUUUUUGAAUAGAUCAAUCAUCCUUACUCCAGAGGGGGAUCGGACUGACAAACGAGAUGUAAGCUCUUUUAAUACAUGGAAAGACAUUAUCAUCCCUGGCAAUGUUGAUGAUGGGAUGACUACAUUUUAUGGGUCCACCAUUGUCCAACCUGUCCCUUUAUCAAAGAGGAAGUAUCUGGCAAACUUUCUAGGACGUGCACAAGGAAAGGUUGGUCGACUUCAAUUGGUGGAGCUUGCUAAGCAGUACCCAGAUAAGCUGGAAGCUCCAGAGUUGAAGCUCAAGGGCCCUAACAAAUUAGGAAGGACCGAGUACUUCAAUCACUUGAGAAGUGCCAAGUUCUGCUUGGCUCCACGUGGCGAAUCGUCCUGGACGCUUCGUUUUUAUGAAUCUUACUUCGUGGAAUGUGUCCCGGUCAUCUUAUCAGAUCAAGUUGAACUACCUUUCCAGGAUGUAAUUGACUAUAGCCAGAUAUCCAUCAAGUGGCCAUCAAGCCGACUUGGCCCUCAACUACUCGAAUACUUAGAAUCUAUACCAGAUGAAGUGAUUGAAGGAAUGAUUGCUCGUGGUAGACGAAUGAGAUGCCUGCUGGUUUAUGCUCCCGAAACGGAGCCUUGCUCUGCUAUGUUAGGCAUUUUGUGGGAACUACAGAGAAAGGUGAGGCUCUUCCAUCAGUCUGCAGAAACAUUUUGGCUUCAUAAUGGAUCCAUUGUAAACAGAGACUUGGUUGAGUUUGACACUUGGAGAACUCCGGUUCCUUUGCCUUGAUCAGAAGUAUAUUAAAUCAAAAUUUGUGAGCCCUUUUGCAUGACGAGGGAUCUUUCAGAAUCAACUAUGGGUUUUUGCCCCAGAAGCUGAGCCUCGCUACACCACAUUAGGAACUCUUUGUAAACUACUGAGAAAAGAAUGGCCGUUCCCCAGUUGGAAAAAGAUUGGCUUCGCAGAUAAAUCAAUUGAGACAAGGCUGACUUCAACAGCAGAUCGAUAAAAAAAAUGUUUACAUGAUCAAGACUAUAGAUUGGUUCUUCCAAUACAAAACUCAUUUUUUUCCCCUGCUCGGUAUAUGUAUAAAUGCACUUUACAAGGGAAGAUAAAGGUGUCCAUUUCAUCUGUAUUUGAACUGUUAACCUUGCUUUUCAUGACGUUAGCCAAAAUUCCUAAAAACCUAAUGUUCAUCAGGCAACCACUGAGUACGUUGUGUUUUGCUUUUUUA